UUAUUUUGUAAUUUUAAUUAUAUUUAACAAAAAUAGAUGUCUCUUGCUUAGGCAAGAGUGUGGAAAUGGAAAGUGGUUGUUUGUAAGAAACCUUCAUCCUAAGAAUUCACUUGGUAUAAGCCUAAUUUUAUUGUUGGUAUCAUUCUCGUUAUUGUUGUUCUCAUUAUUUGGUUAAAGCUGCUUCAACCACGCCUUGUUCCAAUAAAUUACUGUUUAUCACAAAAAAGCAUAUGAGUCGAACUCCUGCAGGUUUAGACCGGUUGCCUCGUUUGGUUAGGCACAAUUGAGAUGAGAUGUUUUGUUGAGAGUUGUAUAAUAUUUUUUUUAAUAUUAUUUUUAUUUUGAGAUUUGAAAAAGUUGAAUUGUUUAUUAUAUUUGACGUAAGAGUUUAGAAAAGUUGUAAUGAUUAUUUGAGACGAGAUGUGAUAGUUUGGUUUUAUGUAACCAAACCAGCCUAGUCUUCGACUUAAUGGGGUAAGGUGAUCUGUACCUUGAGCUCAGCAAGUUAAAACUUAACUUCGAAUAAGAGAAAGGGCGAGAGGUAGAGGUUAUUCAGGAGUGACCUCAGAAACUAUCAAGAUAAAUUAUAUUUUUUUGCAGAAGUUAAAACUAGACAACAAAACGUUCUGUCUUCUGGGAAAAUCACAAAUGUAACGUACAAGUCCCUUGUACCAAAGCUUUCUAAAAACUCAAGAAGGCGUGCUAUGGAUGCUGCAAGUGACUAAAAUACUUCGUUGUUUUACUUUGAUUAUUCUUGAAGUGAAGAAAUUGUUGGAAAUAACUAGGAGACUUUGACAUCCUCGAGCUAUAUUUUAAUGAAACAAUAGGAUUUUGUAAUAGGUGCCCAAUUUGCAUUGCCACAAAACUGCCCAUUAUGUAUUUUUGCAUAUCCUUCAUUUCAUGUGGAUAUUAUGUGCUAGGUAUAUAUGAUUUUUUGAGCUUUAGAUCAUUCGUCUAACCAUAUUGAAGUGGCAAUCACAUACAUGAUAAAAGGUGGAGUUCCCUAAACCUUUUGUUUUUCCUUUUUGCUGAAUGGUAUGUACAGGUGAUGAUGAACUGAUGAGGGAUAGUUAUUGAUUGGGAAACAUAAUUAAGUGCCAUGUCCGAUCAAGUGACACAAUCCUAUCAUGGUAGUGAUGAUGCAAUGGUGGGUAAACCAGUGCGUCGUUACCAAUCUGUUUGGAUGGGUCACUCGAUGAGAACAAGUUGUAAGUCAGCUACUCAGGCUUGCGGUAAUAUGUCAAUUCAUUAUGAGUCCAAGCAAGAAGUUCAUGAUCCUGUGAAGCACCCUGCACUUAGUGGGCCAGAGAUAGGGACAGAAAUUUAUGCCAAAGGAUUUGCAGAAGUAGCCAAAUCCAAGACAGUCGAUAUUAUCGAUGAGAGUCUGGCAGCAGGUUCGAAACGACUUAGGAGAGAAAGCUUGGGUUCCCAGCCCUUUCCCAUGUUCAAUCUUUCUCAAAAGAGAGAGGGUGUUGUUUUGGCUUUAAAGAAGGAUGAAACCACGUGUCAUGGGGGAGUACCAAGUUCUCAAAAUGGCUCCAAGUCUGGACAUAUUACUGGUUCACUUCACAGAAGUGAGAGUCAUUUACCUUCUGAAUCUGCAAGGGCUCCUCCAGAAACAGGCACUCUUGAAUGUCGUUUUCAAUCUGGAGGCAUCUCACAUUACUUAGAGCAGCAGGUGAAAUCUCACAAAGAUCUUGAUAUGAACAGCCUAGCUGCUUCAACAUCUCUUCAUGAUGAUUUUACGAGGUCAAGUUUAAAAAUUGUGCCACAUGGAUUUAACAGCAGAAGGACUCCAUUGCAGCCCUUUGUGCCUAGAAAAGAAGAAAUACAUAAAUCAAACUCCAUCAUGACAUCCAAAGAAUGUGUCCAGGAUACCAAUCAUUGCAGCCAUUCCACUAUUUUGGUUCAUGAGAAGAAAGUGAGCGACCUAUUAGAUUCCAGAACAUGUGGGAAGUCAUUGCUCAGGCAGAAAGACGCAACUCUGUUGCUCCACGAUCCCUCUACAAGCAGUAGUAACCAGCAAGCACAUUUUCUUGAUAAACAGUGGCAUAAUAUGCAAAACCAUUCAGGUAUGGGAUUGUUCCCAAGCCAGAGCAGCCCCCCAGAGGUGACCAAAUCAGAAGAUUUAUAUCAUGGAUGUCAUUUGCUACCAAGAUUUCCAUACUCUGUUCAUGAUGUGGAGACUAUGAGAAUAUUCACUACCAUCAACUCCAUAGGAGGAUCACCUAGAAGUCCUUCCAAGUUCUCCCAAACAACUCGCCAUUUUAUGAUCACGGAAAAGACCAAUGUUGCCUUAUCUGAUAAACAUCAAAUAUCGAGAGAAUCAACUGUAUCUGCCAAAUUCAAAGGAAAAUAUUUUGGCGAGCUUCUCAGUUUAUCACCUGAUUUCCGUUUCCAAGUUCAGCAAGGAGUAAAACUGCAACCUCUAGACAGCUCCACAGAAAGUGAUGGCCAAGAAUAUGUUAAAGAUGUAAAUGUUUCAGUUGGAUUGAAGACCGAAUCAUCAGCUGAAACUGAUACUAUGGACAUGGAUGCUUUACGGGAGAGCCAUCUUCCUGGUCUUGCUUCAUCCCCAUCUGAUAAGGGCCUCAAGGGGAAGUCACCAACAUCUCGAGCUGCAGAUGCUUCAGCUAGAGAAGAAAUGAGGAGCAUACCCGUGACCAGGGAGUUAUGUGAUAUAAAUCAAGCACUUCCCGAUCUUCCUGCUUUGGCAAGCCCAGUGGAUUGCAGGGAGACUAGCCCAUCAAGAACCAAGAGUUUGGACGUCGAACACCUCCUCCUCUCACAUGUUGAGCAGCCUGGGAUUUCCAAAUCUAGUGAUUGUCCUGAUGGCCAUCUGGGACCUGAGCCAAGCAGCAGGUGGGUCAAACGACUCAAGCUGAGUUCUUGUAGCUCUGCUCAUGGUACCAAGAGCUCAAAAUUGGAAGAAGCCUCUUCCCAUGAAAAAGUCAAAAAGUUCUUCAGCAAAGUUUUGAAAUGUGGCACAACCAGUUCGGAUCCUACCAUGGGUAGAUGCCAUGGAAAAGAGCAGAUGGCAUUAGAUCAAAAUGCAAUCUUUCUUAGGAAUGGUCAUCCUUCUACUGUUGAUUCAGUGAAGAAAAGUCAACAUGUAACUCUUUCAAAUCCUUGGAUUCGGCGGUGGUGUCAUAAUUCGGCUACUUCUCCCCGAAAGACACCCAAAUCUGUGGUGGUUUGUCAGCCACAGUGUUCAAAGGCAACAUUAGAUGAUUUUCAAAAGAAGCAAUUUCCAAGCGUUGCUGCUAUGGCUCUGAUGGGGAAGGCUAUGCGUGGUUUCCGUUCAUGUGAGUUUAGGAAAAGAGGGUCUCUCAUUGUUUGGAAUUCCAAAGGGGUCUUGAGAUAACGGUGCCCAGAGUAAUAUGGGUUCGUUUAAGAGUAAGCAAAGAUUAAAAAAGAGGUCCAAUGGAGUAGUGCCCGUUUAAGUUGUUGAGAAAGGGAAGCAAAGCUUUGGCCAUGCAUUUCAAUCGGAUCAGAGGGAAGAUAUAUGGAGUAGUUUUUUUUUUUUUUUUUUUUUUUUUUCAUUUCCUCUGCUGAUUGUGAGUUAUCUGUUGUUUUUCAUCUCUCUCUAGAAGAAUAGGUUUUCUUGACGUGCAGUGGGAGGAACUCCAAAGAGGAUUUGUUCCUUGAACAUGGCAACGCGUCUGGGAGGAUAAGAGGCGCAGCCAGAAUAAUGUCAUGAUGACUUCAAAAGUAUCUGCCAUGCUGCUGAUGUGGCCUCCUCUUCCUCCCAGAAUAAUCACAGUGAGACCUGAGUACGGCCAAGGAACCAAGCACUUAAUUUAUAGAAAAGAAACCGACACAAAGACAAACGCAUAUGUAUGAGACAUUACAGAGAGGGAGCUUAAAAUUCUGUUUCGAGUAUCCUGUGUUUGUACAUUAUUUACUUUUGCUGUGUUAUUUCUCGAGCUUUUACUGUGUUUUUUCCUGAUGGUAUGUAUCCUUUGAAUGAUUGCAAUUUGUGAGAGAAUACUCCAAACUUUA